AGUGUUACCUCAUUUUAUUUGUCUUCUUUCUUUACAAAUGUUUUGCAAAAUCAGUGAAAUCAAUUCCUAAUGUCAGGUCAAACCUCUGAGGCUGGGGUAAUUAUCCUUAUACUCAAGACCUCACGUUUCCACCAGUCCUGCCUCAACACGUCAUUAAUGGGCGUGACUGACCAUCUGCCGUCCAUAUAAAUGACAAGAAGCAGUGUCUUCGCAUCAGACAUCAACUGCUUUGCACAGAAGCAAGUACUAUCUGCUCUCUCACCUAGCCUUAACAAUGGAGACAGCUUACCAGGAACGUAUGGCCGCCGCCAUGGCCACAGCUCUAGCCGCCAAGAGGUCCAUGGCCCCUGAAAAUGCUGCUGAGAUGCGCCUUUACCUGGACAAGCUGAAGGACCUGGUGCCGCUCUGCCCCAAGAAUCGCAAGGUAACUAAACUGGAAUUGAUCCAACACGUUAUCGACUACAUCGGCGACCUUCAGGACACUCUCCAGUCCGACUCCGAGUCUGACGGUGCCUCAGAGAGUCCACUGGAACACAUGAACUUCAGCGACGCUUACAUGACCUCGCAGCAGCCCGGCCAUAACUAUUCAAUGGAUUACCGUCUUGGCAGCACCUCUGGUUGUAGCAGCAGUGCAUCAUCUUCGGGAUACACCAAAGACUUCAGAUCUUCAGGAUUCAGUGACAUGGAAAGUUCUACCAGCUCCACCAGUGGUUUCAGCAGUGAGUCCAGCAAUUACAGCACCAUCCUUUACAGUGACCAAGGCAGCAGCGCAGCGUCAGGCUUCAGAUCCUCCUGUUAUCCGAACCUCUGAAAACAUCCUCACACCUGGUGGUCGACCGGAUCGUGGUUGUUGUCAAGGUGUUCAUGUUUGCUAAGACUUCUUCCAGUUAACAACGAUGUCUG